AUGGAUGAUGAAUGGGAUGAUUGCUGUGCUGAUGUGGGUGUAGUAUCAAACAACCACUCGAAUAUUGACCAAGGACACAGUCUCUCUAGAGGAAGAGGAUUCCCGUCGUUCAAUGAAAAUGAAUAUGAUGACUGUAAAGUAGGCAGUGAUGACUUUGGAGAACGACGGGGUCGUGGUGGACGAGGCGGGGGCCGCGGUAGAGGAGGGAGGGGCGGACGCGGCGGCGGGCCCGGCAGGGAGCCAAGGGACUAUGAAAAUGGCGACGGUGACGAUAGACGGGAUCGUGGUGAGCGUGGACGCGGGCGGGGCCGCGGAGGGCGCGGUGGUGGCAGAGGUGGUGGCGUCAGUGGAGAUGGCCCAACUGAACUUGGCGAGGAUGGAGAACCUAAGAAGCCCCCAGUCACAUAUGUCCCGCCUGAACCCACAGAGAAUGAACAAGAGAUCUUCAGCAGCACUAUAAGCUCUGGCAUUAACUUUGAUAAAUUUGACUGCAUCGCUGUUAAAGUCAGCGGUGAAAAUCCUCCACGCGCUGUCGAAAGCUUCGAGACUGCCAAUCUACGAAAGUAUGUGGUAGACAACAUUCUCAAGGCUGGGUACAAAAAACCGACGCCUAUUCAAAAACACGCUAUUCCCAUCAUAAUGGGUGGGCGAGAUCUCAUGGGAUGUGCCCAAACUGGAUCUGGAAAGACGGCUGCUUUCCUUCUGCCAAUCAUAAACACACUACUACAAGAUGAAAGAGAACUAGUUGUGGGGCCAGGUGGAUGCGCUCAACCACAAGUCGUCAUAGUGUCACCUACUCGAGAGCUGACACUGCAAAUCUUCAAUGAAGCAAGGAAGUUCUCUUAUGGAUCGAUACUUAAAAUUGCCGUCGCUUACGGUGGAACGGCAGUUCGUCAUCAAGGCGAUAACAUCUCUAGAGGCUGCCACAUUCUCGUGGCUACUCCGGGUCGUCUCCAUGACUUCGUGGACCGCAACCGUGUGUCCUUCGAUAGCAUCCGCUUUGUGGUACUUGAUGAAGCAGAUCGCAUGCUGGAUAUGGGUUUCAUACCCAGUGUUGAAAAAAUGAUGGACCACCCUACCAUGGUCCCGAUUAAAGAAAGACAGACGCUUAUGUUUUCGGCGACAUUCCCAGAAGACAUCCAGCACUUGGCUGGCAGGUUCUUGAACAAUUACUUGUUCGUCGCCGUCGGUAUCGUGGGAGGCGCUAGCACGGAUGUUGAACAAAUAUUCCAUCAAGUCACCAAAUAUGAAAAACAAACAACAUUGAAGAAGCUGAUUGAAGAAAAUGAUGGCAAGCGCAUUCUAGUAUUUGUUGAGACGAAGCGCAACGCAGAUUUCAUAGCAGCGAUGUUAUCUGAGCAACAAAUGUUGACGUCAUCGAUUCACGGUGACCGUAUGCAGCGUGAACGCGAGGAAGCCCUCGACAACUUCAAGAGUGGCAGACAUUGCAUCCUUGUUGCUACUGCUGUAGCUGCCAGAGGACUUGAUAUAAAGAAUGUUGACAUAGUAGUCAAUUAUGAUUUGCCAAAGAGUAUUGACGAGUAUGUGCACAGGAUUGGUAGAACCGGUCGUGUGGGCAACAGAGGCAAAGCAGUAUCUUUCUAUGAUGGUGAUCAAGACAUGCAACUAGCGCCUGACUUGGCGAAGAUCCUCAAACAGGCAGAUCAAACUGUACCUGACUUCCUGCAAGGAGGUGGCACUGCCUCUUACAAGGGCAACAAAUAUGGUGGCAGUGAUAUUCGAGACUUCAAUACUGCUGUGUCAGCUGUUGAUCAAGGCCUAGAGCCUGAAGAAGAAUGGUAA